UGAAGUUACUCGGUGCUCGGCCUUUCUGCGGCUCGUAACACCUCGGCUCAGUGUGCUGCUCUUCGGCCAGCACAUGACCCCGCGGCGGGACCUCACUCUCUCACACUGACAACUUUCUGUGCAGCUGCAGCCUCUGCUGCAGAGGCCUGUCACACGUCUUGGGACUGGGUCCAUGUGCUGCCAUCUAAUGACAUGAGAGCGGGAAUGAGCCCUGAACAUCUUCCUUACUCUGGCUCAGAACAGACUCCUGUCUGGUGUUCACUGCACUCUGGAGAGCGACCUCUUCUUUAAAAUCAGGAUCAGCUCCGUGUUGAUUAUGUGAUCUGUCCCAGCGCUGACAUGUCACACUGAGCAGACUCAGACUCAAAACAAAAGUCAGGCACAAGUUUGGUUAGACACAUUCAUCAGUCUGAGAAUUCAUCAUGUGAACUCAGGAGUAACAUUAAAUUACGCCGGCCUGUGUAGGUAAUUCUGCCGGUCUGUGUUGUUAUUCUCUGCCAGUUUUUUUCAGGGCAACAGUCCAGUACUUGUAGAUAAUGACAUUACCACAGUGAACUUGACACCAGGAGAAAAAAAAUGACUCUGUCCUUGGCCCAUAUUCUCUGUUGAUGAUGUAGUAAAUCUACUGAGACUGUCUGUAGUUGUGAUGGCCUCUGCCUCUCCAGAGAAGGAUCAGCCCCUCCUGCAGCUCCAGGAGGUGGACUCCAGUCGAGUUAGAAGCCGCGUCCUGUCCCCGAUCCUCAGCUCCUCCUCUCCUGGCCUGUCCCUCGAAGCGAGCCAGCCCAUCUGCAUCCCCUCCCCGUACACCGACCUCGGCCACGACUUCACCACCAUUCCUUUCUACAGUCCAACUAUCUUCAGUUAUGCCGGCCCCAACAUUUCAGACUGUCCCUCUGUCCAUCAGUCACUAAGCCCGUCCUUAUUCUGGCCCAGCCAUGGACACAUGGGGCCGCCCAUACCCCUGCACCGCUCCCAGGCCCGAUCCCAGCACGGCCAGCCAAUCCAGAGUCCAUGGAUGGAGUUGACGCCACGGGACAGUGUCUUAACAACCAGCAAGAGCGCAAGAAUGCGUUCCCAGGAAAAUAAGGAGGGCGUGGUGUCAUCAGGCGGGAAGGCAGACCUCCACUACUGUUCUGUGUGUCACGACUACGCCUCCGGCUACCACUAUGGCGUGUGGUCAUGUGAGGGGUGUAAGGCCUUCUUCAAGAGGAGCAUCCAAGGACACAAUGACUACAUCUGCCCAGCAACCAAUCAAUGCACUAUCGACAAGAACCGACGUAAGAGCUGCCAGGCCUGUCGCCUUCGCAAGUGCUAUGAAGUUGGCAUGACCAAGUGUGGUAUGCGAAAGGAGCAUGGAAACUACAGAAGCGCCAAGACGAGGCGACUGACCCGUCUGUCCUCGCAGAGCAGAACCAGCGGACCUAAGGCUUUAACUGGACCAGCGGAGGGUUUGCUGAGCGAGCUGCAGCCACCUGCGCUGACCCCGGAGCAGCUGAUCGAGCGAAUAAUGGAGGCGGAGCCGCCAGAGAUCUACCUCAUGAAGGACAUGAGUGGGCUGCUGACCGAAGCCAACGUCAUGAUGUCGCUCACCAACCUGGCUGAUAAGGAGCUGGUUCACAUGAUCAGCUGGGCCAAGAAGAUUCCAGGGUUUGUGGAGCUCAGUCUCUUGGACCAGGUGCACCUGUUGGAGUGCUGCUGGCUGGAGGUGCUGAUGAUGGGCCUGAUGUGGAGGUCAGUGGACCAUCCAGGGAAACUCAUCUUUUCCCCUGACCUCAGCCUGAGCAGAGAAGAGGGGAGCUGUGUCCAGGGCUUCGUGGAGAUCUUUGAUAUGCUCAUCGCUGCCACGUCCAGGGUGAGAGAGCUCAAGCUGCAGAGGGAGGAGUACGUCUGCCUCAAGGCCAUGAUCCUCCUGAACUCCAACAUGUGCCUCAGCUCGUCAGAGGGCAGCGAGGACCUGCAGAGUCGCUCCAAGUUGCUUCGCCUUCUGGACGCCGUAACGGACGCCCUGGUGUGGGCCAUCGCUAAAACCGGCCUCACCUUCCGCCAACAGUACACCCGCCUCGCUCACCUGCUCAUGCUGCUCUCACACAUCCGUCAUGUCAGUAACAAAGGCAUGGACCACCUCCACUGCAUGAAAAUGAAGAACAUGGUGCCUUUGUACGACUUGUUGCUGGAGAUGUUGGAUGCCCACAUCAUGCACAGCUCCCGGCUGCCUCGCUGGGCUCCCCAGCAGGACUCCGCGGACCAGCGGGAGGUUCCUGCUCGGCCCCCCAGCUCCGGAGAUGGCCCCUCAGAUACCUGGACUCCCAGCAGCACUGGAGUUGGAGGUGAACCCCAGUAGACAGAUCAGAAUUCAGAUGCAAUGGUUUUUCACUGCUUUGCACAAAAACUAGUCCAUAGGACUGAUUUUACUGGAAGCCGGAUUCUCUGAUUGUGCACUAUGUGGACUCCUGGUGAGCUUCUCUAAUCAUAAGUCAAAGCUUUAGAAGACAGACCAAACUCGUAGGAUUCACUGCCUUACUACCACAAAAAGCCAGAGAAAAGGAAGAAGUUGUUGUCAUGAAAUGGCCUGUGACACCACUACCUGUUUAAAUGUUGGCGUCAUAUGUUACUGCUGUGUGUCUUUUGGGCUUAGAGUUGAAUUUUCUACCAGAUAAUGAUUUGUUGUGCUAAGGCAAGACAGUGAGUUUAAUUUGCUGCAGUAACCAUGACAGGAGACAGCUUUGACUCACGCUGAGAUGUUGCCAGAGAUAAUGAAGCCAGAGCUACACAGUAACAUCAGGUACAGGCAGGAAACAAUGGCUUUUUAAUUGCAGUGGAUACAGUUGUCAUGAACCUCCUGUUGUCCCUUGCUGGUUCUAUCCUGAAGGUCCAAUGACCAGGACUGUGUUUCAGAAAGUGGGUUUAGUGAAAACAGUGAGUUGGGUUGAAGGGAAACUCUUGAGUAACAGUUACUGUGACAGUUUACGCUGCAAACUUAACAAAAGAUUUUUCUUUUUGUCUUCUCCUGUCUGGUUGAACCUGAAGGAGCAGUAAGACUCUUGAUUACUCUUGAUUUUUUUGUCGUUGCAUUUGACAUCAAAGCGCAGAGUGAGGCUCAUUCAUUUGCAGAGGUUGUUCACUAACGUUACCUCUUUUAUGUGUCAUCAGUCAUAUCUCAGAGGAGCGAUCUUUGCCCUUAUAUUCAGACAGUAUAAAUAGGUAUUAGUCAUUUAGAUGUGUGAAGUUGCUGGAGUUCCCCUUGAAGGGUUAACUGAACAUUUCUCUAACUGAUUCCAGUUUCCCAGUUCAGGGUUAGUCAGCUGAGAUAUUGAAGUAGCUAGUUCUUUAAUAUUCAUGCCUUGGCCACUUAAUUAGGUUCACCUUUACAAUGCAACAGAUGUGCCACAAAUUCUUCAUUUACAAAACUUAUUAUGUUCAGUUUUUGCUAGAACUUUCUGAGAGGUGUUAAUUCAAAUAUAGCCUAUAUUUGUUGUUGGUGGUGAUGGACUGGUCUGCAUGGUACUGGAGUCCAGUUCAACAUCACUGCAAACCACAACUGUGAUAAUAAACAUUUAGUUAAAUUAACACGUCUCUGACAGUGUCACGCAGACCUGAACUUGAUUACCUUUGCAGAGGCAACAUUUAUGGCUGAGCUGUUGUAUUGGACUGCAUUGUAUUUCACAGGUGUAUCUAAUAAAGUGCCAACUGAAUUUCAUUUUAGAAUUUGGCGGUCAAAGGUCACUGUGGCCUCAC